UGUCCGUGCAAUUGGUGCGGUUACCUGGGAGCAGCAUGUGAGGAGUCAGGGACUAGACUAGGAACAGGAGGCAGGUGCCAGAUAAGUGACACAGUCACAGGGAGGAGGGGGAGGGUGAAGUGCAGCCAGAGUCUUAAUUAAUUCAAACUCAUUAAUUCAUUCCCUUCGCUGAAAGAAAGAUGCCUCUAGGAUUGCGAGUAAAGAAGAAAAACAAGAGCAAGGAGGUUUCCUCUAAGCUAGUGGAGAGUGACGAGAUAGGUAACAGGGCGUCUGGCUCUGCUGGCAAAGUCUCUUCCAGUGCCAACGGUGCGGCUGGCCUGCCGCCUCCUCCGGUCAGUCUCCGACCCAAGCUUGUGUUUCACACCCAACUGGCACAUGGCAGCCCCACUGGCAGGAUAGAGGGCUUCACUAAUGUCAAGGAGCUGUAUUCUAAGAUUGCAGAUGCAUUCCUUAUUACUCCUGAGGAGAUCCUGUUUUGCACUUUGAACACCCACAAAAUUGAUAUGGAUAAACUUCUGGGUGGACAGAUUGGGCUUGAAGAUUUCAUCUUUGCUCACGUGAAAGGAACAAAAAAGGAAAUGGAGGUUUUAAAAUCAGAAGAUGCCUUAGGACUUACCAUUACAGACAAUGGAGCAGGAAUUGCUUUCAUUAAGCGCAUUAAAGAAGACAGCAUAAUUGACAAAGUGAAAGUAAUAAAUGUUGGAGAUCAUAUAGAAGCCAUCAAUGGAAAGAAUAUCGUUGGAUCACGCCAUUAUGAAGUUGCCAAGAUGUUAAAAGAAUUAGAAAAGGGACAGACAUUUACUUUAAAGUUGAUAGAGCCAUUGAAAGCUUUCGAAAUGAUAGAACCAAGAGCAAGAGGUGGUAAAACAGAAGGGAAGAUUUCAACGGGAAGAGAAACACUACGGUUACGAUCAAAAGGACCUGCCACUGUAGAAGAAAUGCCCUCUGUAUUUGAAGAAAAAGCAAUAAAAAAAGUUGAUGACCUUCUUGAGAGUUACAUGGGUAUAAGAGACAUUGAGCUGGCUGCUACAAUGGUGGAAGCUGGGAGAAAUAAAAACAACCCUGAUGAGUUUGCUGUGGCACUUGAUGAAGCUUUGGGGGAUUUUGCUUUUCCGGAUGAAUUUGUCUUUGAUGUCUGGGGAGCUAUAGGAGAUGCUAAACAAGGACGCUUGUAAUGCACAACACUGUGAGACUUUUAAUCACUUGUGUAAUUACUUAUCUUAACUUUUCAAUAGUAUUACAUUUGGAUAAAAAAAAAAUGGAUAAUAGUAAUUUUAUAAACCACUAAGGAUAUAGGAACCACAAAG